GCAUCGUUCUACCUCCUUUCCCAUAAAACACUCCAAAAUCUUUAGCUCAUGUAUGCUUGAUUGUGGAUCUUUGCUUGAAGUCUACAAACCUUUCAUAUUCCUGCCCUUUUAUCAGCCUGGGCGGAUCACUUCCAGCAUUUGACGAAGCUCCUGAUAAGUCCUCGAGGCAACUUGGGAAAACCAUCAACCUAAACCACCUGAUUGCUCCGAUUCAUCCUGCAGCAGCAUCUACUUCUCCCGCUUUACCACAAACCACUUCCUCACAACCAAUAACCCUUGUCACCCGACUUGACGAAUAUCCGGAUCACCUCGGUCUCCUAUCCAUCCUCCACGGUGCUGCUAGCUUCGGCGCUUAAUUUCUACUCGAAACAUCGCCAUAAUCCAUAAUGGCUGGCACACGGAAUUACGAUUUCCUGAUUAAACUGUUGUUGAUCGGGGACUCGGGCGUUGGUAAAUCAUGUUGUCUACUGCGAUUCAGCGAAGACUCCUUUACCCCAUCAUUCAUCACUACAAUCGGGAUUGACUUCAAAAUUCGUACGAUCGAGUUGGACGGCAAGAGGGUGAAGUUGCAGAUCUGGGACACUGCAGGCCAGGAGCGCUUUCGGACUAUCACGACGGCAUACUACCGAGGUGCCAUGGGUAUUCUGUUGGUCUACGACGUGACAGAUGAACGAUCAUUCCAAAACAUCCGGACCUGGUUUUCAAACGUCGAGCAACAUGCCAGUGAAGGUGUACACAAGAUCCUCAUCGGAAAUAAGUGCGACUGGGAAGAGAAAAGGGCGGUUUCUACUGAACAAGGCCAGCAGCUCGCCGAUGAACUUGGCAUUCCCUUCCUCGAGGUUUCGGCCAAGAACAACAUCAACAUUGAGAAGGCGUUUUACAGCCUUGCAUCGGAUAUCAAGAAAGGGAUGGACACUUCCAAGACCGAACAAUCUGGUUCUCAGGGCGUUAAUAUAGACCAGCAAGGCUCCGGUCCAAAUGGCAACUCUGGGGGCAAGUGUUGUUAG